ACCCCAACACCACCCAGAACCCCAACACCACCCAGAACCCCAACACCACCCAGAACCCCAACACCACCCAGAACCCAACACCACCCAGAACCCCAACACCACCCAGAACUCCAACACCACCCAGAACCCCAACACCACCCAGAACCCCAACACCACCCAGAACUCCAACACCACCACAACCGUCCACUACACCCAGACUAACCAUUUCGGCAGCCGUUGCGAGUCUCUAACCUACAAUAUCUCACUCAUCAACGACAACAGCACCUUCCAGUUCGACGUGGGGGCCGAUUCAACCUCACUGGGGUCUUCCUGGAGACCUCCUGCCCAGACUGUCUGGUGAUGAAGUGGGAGGUGAGCUCCAGGAGGAGGGAGUCCACGGACCUGUACCUGCUGAGGAAGACGGAGGGUGGGAGAGAGGUAGAGGAAGAGGAGAUGGAAGAGUUCAGGAAACAGGUGGAGUGUAUGGGGCUGCCGCCGCCAGUGGUGAUGGAGCCGGGGAUGCCCUCUGUGGUUCCUAUCAGCUCCCCUGGAAACACUGAGGACGAGGAGAAGAAGACGAAGCUCGAUCAGAGAGUGGGGGCCCUGAGACCGAUGUAGAGACACGUUUUCUGUCGUCUGUUUUGUAUAUUAUUAUUAUUAAUCCAACAUUUCUGUGUUUACUGUUUGUCGAUGACCUGUAGAAUUUUGAGGGGAAAAAGAUGCACGAUUUGUCAUAUUAUUCUGUCUUCUUUGCUUCUUUAACAGAUGUAAUUACGUUCACAGACUGAUUUAAUGUCCCAGAGUUGAAGCUGAUUCACAGAGACAGUGGGAUCCAGCGGGAAUGUCGGGACGUCAUUAGGACUCUAUGCACAAUGGGAAAGAAAAGUAUUUUAUAAUUGGAUUACUUUUGUAUAAUUUGGCAUAACCUCAUUUGUCCAUAUGCAUUAAAGUGCUCAUACUGUUAAUUCUCAGAUUAAACUGGAUGGAACAGUGAACAAUUAGUCAUUUGUGAGAGAGAGAGAGAGAGAGAGUGUUUCUGCAGAUGUGGGCGUGUGCACAAGCAAGGGGGGAAAUGUGGGUGUGAGUACGGACAUGGACAGGACCAGGGAGAGAGUAACCUACUUUCAGAACUAUUGGGUACAUGGUCCUACUUGGGUACUUGGUUCUGAUUAGACAUGACGUACCUGUAGGAUCGACGUCCCAAAUCCCACAACAAGAAUAAGAAUAAGAAGGUCCCCUGUAGAUCAGGAACGUUCCAGCCCAGUGGCGUCGUCACCAGCACAGACGAUACCAUAUCAACAGACCGACCUGCUGAAGACUGACUGUUAUAAACUGUUCUAGUCCAGACUGUUGUUUCAAGUCAACAGAGCCAGCCAAUUGGCAGUCUACCCGUCUCAUCAUGGCAACAAUGGAGCCGGUGGCCAACCGACAGAGCUCAGCCGACUCAUUGGUCGAGUGGGCCAGCGAGGUUUGGGGGAUGGAGGAGGGCGAAAUGGACCCCACUCUGGCCCAGGACACUACCCCUCCUCCUCACCCGUUGGUCAAACAGGCACCCAGAGCAAAGUCAGAAGAUCUGGGGUCAGAAUCUCCAGAUACUCCAAAGCCUAGACCCCAAGUGUCUCCCUCAAGUGAGAACCUUACAGACUCAACAAACAAAAUGGAAGAAGUGGUUCCUAAAAUGGAGCAGGAGGCACUUUCUGGGGUAAAUCAGGUUCCUAGUAGUAGAAUCCAGGUGGGUGAUAGUGAAUUGGAACGAGACCUUAAAAUGAUAGAUGACAAUCACUGUGAGAAGGAGGAAGAUGUCGCUGCUUUUCGGUCGCCUCUUGCCUGCAUUGGCCAAGCCUCACCUGCAGAGGGCGCUCCAGAGACCCAGCCAUAUCCAUUUGAGGAGGAAGAAGAAGAAGAGGAGACCAUUGACUGUAUCAGCGAUGGUAAGGUGGAGGUGAUCUGUAACUCUGUAGAGGAGGAAAUGUCGUCAUCUGACAGCCAGGGUAGCCAGGAGUGGCCUUCGAGAUCUCACCUUGAUGACGUUGUGGAGGAAGACAAAGAAGAAGAAGAUGGUGCCAAGGAAGACAAAGUAGAGGAGUUUCAGUCUGUUGAGAUGAUGGAAAAUGGCGCUGUACGGUUGCAGUUGAAUGCAGAGCGUCCAGAUAGGAGUGAAUUUGAGCAGGGGCUGUCAGAGACGGUGUGUGCUACUGAGAAGGCUUCUGUAGAAGGGGGUCCUGUUGAAACUAGCAGUAGCCCCCCAUCAGUGCAGGUAGCUGACAAGCAAGAGGUUAGUGAGUGCCCAAUCAGUAGUGACAGAGAGAAGACAAUGUCAGACAAUAACAACCAUGAUACUAUGAAGGCUGCUGAAACUAGCACUACCACCCACUCCCCACUAAAAAGAGAGUUCCGAUGA